ACAAAGUUAUUCUAAGCAUGUGCACCUCUUAGAAAAGUUUAAUAUCAUAAGUAUUAAAUUAGUUAAUGAUUAAUUAUUUUAUGUAUUAAAAGAGCAUUAACAACAGAGCUUCUGAAAAGCUCUAUUCCAAUUCAUAUAAAGAUUGAGAAAUUUUCUAAUAAGUUAUAAAAUUAUACAAAAAUUCUGAAACAUUCUGAAAUUUACAUAAAAGUUCGGAAAAAUUAUAUAAAAAAUGUUAAGAAAAAUUUUCAUCAGGAUAUAGUGCAGUCUUCCCAUCCUGUAAAGGUUAAGUUGUUAUGCCUUUGAUUUUUACAGAAUUUACAAUAUAAGCCCUCAUUGUUGCUUAGCAUCCCGCCUGUCGUUCAUUAUCACAAUAUUAUCGAAAGAAAGAGAAAUCUUAAUGAAAAAAUUUAAAAUAUAAAAUUUCUACGUCUUUUGCUCAACUAUUCGCACACGCGCACUUGCGCGCCCUCGCGUCUCGUCUGCAGUCUGCUCGCCUGUCUGCUCGUCAGGUCGUGGUGUCGUCUGCAGCUGUCAACUCCAUUCCAGGUGUGUGUGUGUGUGAAUCCUUCGGGAAAGAUGCGGAUCUUGCUCAUCUAACAGCGUCGGUCGGCAGGCACGCGCGCGAAAAUGCCCGUACGACAAUCGGAAAAUACACAGCCGCAGAUGUAACGCGACCCGUCUGAGAUUCAAGCCUUCGACUGGUAUGUUUAUUGGCGGUCGACCGCAUAUAGGUUAGCAGUAUGAAGAACUUCGUUAGUAUUUUGAAGAUCCUAUUUCUGAAUCACGCGCGCGGGCUGUCGUACACCGUGACGAUGACGCUCCUGCUGUGCUACUGUCUCCAUCCAGCACGAUUCGCUUCCCACUACACCUUCAUCAAGACUGAGAACAUCUACGACGAGAUGGAGAGGUCGUACCCGCCGCGGGAUAACUCCUGCGUGAUCCCCGUCGGCGGUAGACGAUCCUCACAGCUGCUCUACCCGGAGGAACAUCCCCGGGAGGACCCGGUGGCGAUGGCACGUCGACUCGGCAUCCUACCGGGUGGCCAGUGGAAACCCCUCAAUUGCCAUCCCCUCUUCAAUGUGGCGAUUAUACUGCCCUACCGUAACCGGCAGACUCAGCUUGCCAUUUUCAUGAACUACAUACACCCGUUUCUGCAGUCACAGAAUCUGGACUAUCGGAUAUUCGUAAUCGAGCAGAGCCCGAUGCGCGAGUUCAAUCGCGCCAAGCUGUUCAACGUCGGCUACGCCGAAGCCACCAAGAUCAACGAUUUCCACUGCUUCAUUUUCCAGGACAUAGACCUGAUACCGCAGAACCCCGACAAUAUCUACGCGUGCACGAAAAUGCCUAGGCAUAUGAGCUCCAGUGUAAAUACCUUUCGAUACAAUCUACCUUACACCGGCCUGUUUGGAGGCGCAAUAGCACUGACGAGGAAGCAAUUUGAACGAGUAAAUGGAUUUUCCAAUGUUUUCUACGGGUGGGGUGGAGAAGACGACGAUUUCUACAGUCGUUUGCAGUCGAGGGGUUUUCAGAUCACACGCUUCGGACCGGAUGUAGCGCAGUAUUAUAUGCUAAUACACAAGAAAGAAGCUCCCAGUACUACAAGAUUCGCAAAUCUGGAAAACGGCGCUCGAAGAUACGACACUGAUGGACUCAGCAAUCUAGAAUACAGAGUAUUAAAUCAUCAGUUGCGGCCAUUAUACUCUUGGAUUUUAGCUGAUGUGUAAUUUUUUUUUUUUAAUCUAAUAGGAUAUAUAUCUAUUUUAAAUUGCGUUGAUCAUAUAAGUUAUUAUAGUACAUUGCAUAUUCUAGGAAUAUUAAAAAAUUUCAUCUUACACAUAAAGUAUACUAGAGAUUCAACGAAUAAACAUAAUUGUUUUAGCAUGCUGUGAUAGAGCACUAUGAUUAAAUCUCGCAAGAAUAUUUUUUUAACGAUUGAGAUAAUAUUUCAUUUCUGUGUUAAGAAUUUGAACAAUUAAGCUUGCAACAAAUAUUUUCUAGUGAGUUUUUUCAAUAGUAAUAGCACACAGUGAGAUGACAACAGUAAUAAUAAUUAACAGACUGUACAAAGAUAUAGAAGAUAAAAUGUAAUAACGUAUUAUGAUAUUGUAUUGAUAAGAGUUGAAGACUGUAAUCAUCAGAUACAUUUCUUAUUUUAGCUCAUCAAGAACUCAUAAGACAGAGAGCAAUGCCAUUUAGUCACAAUAUUAAAAAAUGUCUUGUCACUGCAUUACAUCAUUUUGCUUGUCAAUUUAAUUUAUGAUAUAUACUCACAAUCAGUUUAGAAUUGUGUUUCAAGGCCGAUAAAUAAUCGGCGUGCAUUUUGCAUGAACUAGAAAUUGUAAAAUUAACACAAAAAUAUUAUUAGGCACUAAGAUCCAUUUUGGUCAUGAAUAAGGCCUUUUUUAUUUAUUUUAUAUUAUUUACAUACCGGUCGAUUUUCUCUUAUUGUUCACAUUAUUUAAUGGUAGAAAUCUUCACAUAUAUAUAAAAUAUAUUAGUAUAAUCUUUAUAAUAAUUUGAUAAUCAAUGAUACUUACGAUACUUACCUCAUAUCCAAAGAGAUUCUGGUCUUUUUAUGUUGUAAGUUAUAAUAGAGUGCAGUAUUCUCCGUACUGAUUGUUCGUAGGUACUUUAGAUAUAUUAUUUUUUUGUUGUAAGAUUUGUGGAAUUGUAUAAAUAUUUAAAUGUGAAUGAUCAGAGACUCUCUAACAUUGCUCAGACUAAUGCUUAAUAUUGAAUUAUUACAUAUCUGGUUUCUUAUAAAUUGUGAAUAAAUAAGUAAUAAAUAAAAUAGGAGAGACUAUAUAUAUAUUUUGGUUUUUUUUGUAUCUGAAUAUAACGAAAAGUUAUAGUGAUAGAACAAUACUAAUAUAAUUUAAGUAUACCGUUAUAACGAUGAAAUAUUAUAAAACAAUGAAACAUGUUUAUUAA